CUCCACUUCCACACCACCUCCUACACUCACACAGCUAAUAACCCCACCGCAACAAUAUGGCCGCCGCCGUCUCCACCGCCGCAGCUGUCAACCGCGUCCCGUUGAACUUGAGUGGAUCGGGAGUGGGAGUACCGAGCUCAUCGUUCUUGGGCAGCAGCUUGAAGAAGGUGAACACCCACCAAACCAAAUACGCCUCCGGCGGAAGCAGCUUUAAGGUAGUGGCGGCGAUCGAAGACAGCAAGAAACAGACAGACAAGGACAAAUGGAAGGGUCUGACCACCGACAUCUCCGACGACCAGCAGGACAUCGCCAGAGGUAAGGGCAUGGUCGACUCUCUCUUCCAAGCCCCCACCGGUAUGGGUACACACGACGCCGUUCUCAACUCCUACGACUAUAUCAGCCAGGGCCUUAAACAAUACGACUUCGACAACACGAUGAGCGGUUUCUACAUCGCCCCUGCUUUCAUGGACAAGCUCAUGGUCCACAUCUCCAAGAACUUCAUGAAGUUGCCCAACAUCAAGGUUCCACUUAUCUUGGGUGUGUGGGGAGGAAAAGGACAGGGUAAAUCAUUCCAGUGUGAACUUGUUUUCGCCAAGAUGGGAAUUAACCCAAUCAUGAUGAGUGCCGGAGAGCUGGAAAGCGGGAACGCCGGAGAGCCGGCCAAGCUGAUCAGGCAGAGGUACAGAGAGGCGGCCGACAUCAUCAAGAAGGGGAAGAUGUGCUGCCUCUUCAUCAACGAUCUCGACGCCGGCGCGGGUCGCAUGGGCGGGACCACUCAGUACACGGUCAACAACCAGAUGGUCAACGCCACACUCAUGAACAUCGCCGACGCGCCGACGAACGUGCAGCUCCCCGGCAUGUACAACAAGGAGGAGAACCCCCGCGUGCCGAUCAUCGUCACCGGUAACGAUUUCUCCACGCUGUACGCUCCCCUCAUCCGUGACGGACGUAUGGAGAAGUUCUACUGGGCCCCCACCCGCGAGGACCGUAUCGGUGUCUGCCUCGGUAUCUUCCGCACCGACAACAUCGCCGACGAGGCCGUCGUCAGACUCGUCGACACCUUCCCCGGCCAAUCCAUCGAUUUCUUCGGUGCAUUGAGGGCAAGAGUGUACGACGACGAAGUGAGGAAGUGGAUCUCAGAGAUCGGAGUGGACAACAUCGGAAAGAAGCUGGUUAACUCGAGGUCGGGCCCACCGAAAUUCGAGCAGCCAAAGAUGACAAUCGAGAAGCUUCUAGAAUACGGAAACAUGCUUGUCCAGGAGCAAGACAAUGUGAAGAGGGUCCAAUUGGCCGAGACUUACUUGAAGGACGCCGCUCUCGGAGAUGCUAACAAAGAUUCCAUUGAUAGCGGAGCUUUCUACGGUUAGAUUCUUUCUUGGCCCUUCACAAUUGGAGGGCAAGCAGCACAGCAAGUGAAUCUUCCUGUGCCUGAAGGCUGCACUGACCCGAAUGCAAAGAACUUCGACCCAACUGCAAGAAGUGACGACGGGACUUGCGUAUACCCAUUAUAAGCUGUUUUCUUUUUUUUCUUUUUUUCUCUUAUUUUUUUCGCCUUUUCUUCGUUGUGUUGUUUGUUUUUUGGUGAAAAAAUGAGUUGAUCCACAAAGUGUAUUUCUAUUUAAUUGCCAAUAAUAACUUUGGUGUUGUUGUGGAUUUUCCUUUGUCAUGUCAUUUUGUGUUGUAUAAUAAAACAAUUUGCUAUGUGUUUUUUUU